AGUUUGGCAACUUCUCCGGACAGGUUAUCAGAUGUUCCAGUGUAGGACAGGACUGUAAAGCCACACAUACUCAACCAGCCGGUUCAAAUACCGUUUGAACCUGGAAACAGCGAGGACCCGUUAGUUAAAUGAUGACAGCUAAAACUUUAGACAAAGUCCCGGUCUCUCUGGGUGCGUUUGUCCAUCCUCUCUCUGAUAGUAUCUACCCGGUGGAUCAUGACAGUCUGCCGCCCGGGGUGGCUAUCUUUCCUAACGCUGAUUUAGGAGGCCACUACCACGACCAUCUUAGCGGAGCUCCAGGUAAGCUUGGACUAUAACAUGGUGUUGUUUGGAUAUCAUGGGGACUUUAAGAGAAUGCAACUUGUGCUGUAUUUGGUUAUUGGAGAAGAAACGUAUAGGCUACUCCUUUCAGUUAUAAUAUUAUGCACAAUGUUUGAUAUUGCAUUUUUCACCUUGGCCAAAAGCUUUUGGAAAUAUUUUGAAUUAAAGGUUGUGGGACACAUUUAUGUCUGGAUAUUUGUAUCAGUGGUAAUAAAAUGUUCUGUUUUAGAGGCACAUGGCUAGAGUUAAGCACUUUUCAAAAAUAAGUUUGCAUAAAAGUAAAACGACAUCCCUUUGAAAAGUUGAAUGAAUGAGUGCGUAAGGAGGCGAGCGCGCAGCACGCACCGCUGUUCCAAACACUGUGCGCACGAGAACGGACCUGCAGUGUGUGUUUGAAGCUCUCUGAUUUGUUUGUUUCGUGAUUGUUUUGUGAUUAUCUGCUAAGAUGUCUCUUGUUAUCUUCCAGAUGGCUUGAUGAGUGGCGAUAUGAGCUUGGAGAAACGCUCUCUCGACCUGUCUUAUUCCAGCUUCUCCCAGCCGCCUGGCCAUCGGAACCAGACCUUCACCUACAUGGGAAAGUUCUCCAUCGACUCUCAGUAUCCCGGUAACUGGAACCCAGAGGGCGUCAUCAACAUAGUGAGUGCGGGGAUCCUGGGCAUGACCCAGCCAUCCUCUGCCUCCUCCUCCCCUGCGUCCUCCUCCUCUCCCGGCCACUUCUCCUCCACGCUCAGCUGCACCAUGGCCCAGAACCAGGCCGACAUGGAGCAUCACAUCUACUCUCCCCCGCCUCCCUACUCCGGUUGUGGGGAGGUCUACCAGGACCCGUCGGCUUUCCUCUCCACCGGCCCCGGUAUCUCCUACCCGCCGCCGUCCUACUCCUCCCCCAAGCCCAACACAGACUCGGGUCUCUUCCCCAUCAUCCCAGACUAUGCUGGGUUCUUCCAGCCGCCCUGUCAGCGGGACAUGCAGGCCAUGCCUGACCGCAAGCCCUUCCCCUGCCCACUGGACUCCUUCAGAGUACCCCCACCUCUGACUCCCCUGAACACUAUUAGGAACUUUACAUUAGGUGGACCGGUCUCGGAUGGACCCAGACUCCCCACGGCGUACAGCCCCCAGAACCUCCCCCUGAGACCCAUCCUGCGGCCCAGAAAAUACCCCAACAGACCGAGCAAGACCCCGGUCCAUGAGCGGCCGUACCCCUGCCCAGCGGAGGGCUGCGACCGGCGGUUCUCCCGGUCUGACGAGCUGACCAGACACAUCCGGAUCCACACGGGACACAAACCGUUCCAUUGCAGGAUCUGCAUGAGGAACUUCAGCCGCAGCGACCACCUCACCACCCACAUCCGCACGCACACCGGAGAGAAGCCCUUCGCCUGUGAUUUCUGUGGCCGUAAGUUCGCGAGGAGCGACGAGCGCAAAAGACACACCAGGAUUCAUCUCAGACAGAAAGAUAAAAAAUCAUCCACUGCGUCAUCAAACAACACGAACUCUGAUCACUCCGGUACCGGUUCUAUAAGCAUAUCUAGCGGAGUCUGCUCCUCUAGCACGGGACAGCUGGCGGGAUGCCCCUCGCGGGCGUUAUAG